AUGCAGUUCUCUCUGUGCAGGUUGCGUACCCACCAGUGGUGUUUCCUGCUCUUCAAUGUGCUUCUGUUCCAUGCCCUGUUGUUUGGGGCUGACUUUGUAGAGGAGUACAUUCUCCAGCCCACCCCAGGGGUAUACACAGAUGGAACAGUCCUGGACGUGAGGGAGAGGGCCCGUAAACUAGACCUGAGUGGGACCAGGGGAAACGAGUCCCAGUAUUACCCCAUUACAAAUCCAAAUGCCUGCCUGAACAGUGACCUCUUCCUCCUCACCAUCGUCUUCAGUUCCCCAAGCAAUCACACCCAGAGGAAUGCGGUAAGGGCCACUUGGGCCAACCAAACACGGGUCCAGAGUUUUGCCGUGAGAACACUCUUCUUCCUGGGAUUGUCUCCCUCCACCGCCACCCAGGAGACUGUUAUGACGGAGUCCGGUCGCCAUGGCGACAUGGUCCAAGGAUACGUGAAUGACUCCCCUCAUGGUCAGGCCGAGAGGGAGGUGUUGGCGUUACGGUGGGUGGUGGCUUUCUGCCCAGUAGCCAGGUUCGUCCUGAUCACAGAGGACUCUGUGUUUGUCAACCUCCCUGCAUUAGGGGGUUACCUACUGGGGCUAAGAAGGCACCCUGAGGACCUCUACUUGGGGAGGGUGAUGCACAAAGACACCCCCGACCGAGACCCCUCCAGUCCCAGCUACUUAUCUCCAGCCCUCUAUCCAGACAGGUAUCUCCCAGACUACUGUGCCAGAACUGCCUCUGUCCUCUCCCAGGAUGUGGUCAGGAAGGUGUAUGUGGCGUCAGCUGGGGUCCGUGCCGCCCUUCCAGCUGAUGUGUUUGUGGGCCUGUGUGCCUGGAAGGCCGGGGUGGUACCCACCCACAGUGCACGCUUCUCAGGGGAGAAACACAUUCAUUAUAAUGACUGCUGUUACCGCUACCUGUUCAACACCCCAGGGAUGGGGAGUGAGGAGCUUGGGACAGUGUGGGCAGAUCUGGGCCAGGAGGAUGGAGGGUGUUCCUUUCUAGAGACCUACUAUGGCCUGGUGGCUUGCAAGGCUCUCACUUACGUGGACAAACUGUCCUUCUUCAACUCAAAAGGACAGGAAGACUGAAUCCAAAUCCACAUACACAUGAUUAUCAGAUGGUAUUAUGAGUGUAGUGAAAUGCUUAUGCUUCUAGAUCUGACAGUGCAGCAGUAUCUAACAGGUAAUAUCUAACAAUUCCACAACUAAACCUAAUAUCUAACUAAUUCCACAACAAAACCUAAUACACACAAUCUAGUAAAGGAAUGGGAUAAGUAUAUAUAAAUAUUAAAUGAGGAACGCUUCUCUCUACCUAAAGCCUGCCUUGGUUAAGAGACAAUGGAUGAGCAGUGAGAGCGCCUAAGAUGCAAUAAAUACUGUAUCCUACACUAUAUACAUAUAAGUGUGUCCGUGCCUGUGUGUGUGUGUGUAAGUUUGAAUAUGAGUCUCAGUAUUGCAUUUCAGUUUUUAUUUCAGGAAACAAUUCUCUACUUUAUUUGAUCGUGUAAAUAAGAAGCGGAUUAAAUAUUAAUUGAAGAGUUGCAGUUAAAGGGAUUUGAUUGCAAAAAGCCAGAUUGUUUUGCAGAAGAAGCCAGAUAUUGUUGCUGUGGGGGAGAGGUGCUGAUCUUGGAAUGUAACCACACUUUAUAAAUGAUAUAUCAUCAAUGAUACUAUUUAGGCCUUGUAUAGCAUUUGUGAAGUCAUCAUCAGCUGUUGUUUCAAUUCAACCCAGGGCUCACAUAGUGUGAAUGGAUCAGCUUGCCCGAAGCGCCCUAACACAGGCGGGAGGCAUAACAUGAACAGACCAGAGGCAGUGGCUGUGGCUCCUUUUACUGUAGCUGUGGUUCCGUUUACUAAACUGGUAUUCCUUCACCCAACAAAAUAACUCCAGUACAGGGAACGGCCAACGUAGCAAAACAAAUAAACAGAAUCUAAGCCGUUGACCAAAUGCCGUGGCCAAAAAGGGAAAGCAAAACAACAAACAGCUACUCCUGUCUUAGACUAUCAUCUACACAUACGUAACGCUUCUCUCUACCUAAAGCCCGCCUUGAUUAAGGCGACAAGGCGCCCAGACGCUUUCUCUGAGGUAGGAAAACCCGACAUCCUCACAGGUCCCCAUCUCUACUCCCAAUCUUUCUCGAGCUCCUCUCCUGGCACACCUAUAUAGAGGAAGACACAAAGCAAUUAGUGUCCCCAGCUGUGUACUAAUUGGCUUUGCAGUGAGUAUCUAUCCCCUGAGGAGGGUGCUGUUGUGCUGUCUACCUCCGGCUGGUCACUGAACUCUCACAAUAUGGUUUCAAGCUUUGGUUGAUUAUCAUUUUAAUCUUCAAUUUAGUUAUUCAUAUGUCAGAUUAACGUAUCCAUCUCAGGCCAAAUUUUAUCUUGAGUGGAUGGACAAGGGGCCAGAAAAUAAUUACA